AUGGUCGGUCUCGAGACUCGCGGUGAGCUGACCAAGAGCGCGGCGUGCAACACGGGCAAGAAGUCGUACUCCGGGAACUGGAGGAAAUUCCCAGACAUUGACACGUGGCUCACGUUCGAUGACCUGUUCGAGUGCAACCGGGGUUCGAUGAGCGCGUCGGGCAGCACCUCGGCCGACAUCACCAAGAUCAAGGUGGCCAUCAUCGACGCGGCUAAGCUCGGCGUCGACGAGCGCGUCAUCCUCGGCAUCAUCAUGCAGGAGAGCCACGGCUAUGUGGGCGUCCAGACCACCAUCAGCCCCGACGGCGUCCCGACCGCCGGGCUGAUGCAGUGCACUGGCUGCGAUGGCUUCCCGGGCAAGAAAGGACUGACUCAGGCCCAAAUCACGAGAAUGAUCAAGGGCGGCACGAAGCACUACAAGGAGAACCUGAAGACCUGGGGCAACAAGUGGAGCGGCGAGUCCAUCUACCCGGCCCUGCGAGAGUACAACUCGGGCUCCGUGAACCCUGACAACCUCAGCGAUGGCCAGGGUGCGACUCCGUCCUAUGUCAGCGACAUCGCCAACCGCUUCCGCGGCUGGGUGAACUGA